CGGUUUCCGGUGGCUGACAGGAGCUGGAGCCCGCAGCUGCCUCCUCCGGCGCGGAGUACCACACACCCCCGCACACACCGCGGGAAGGAGGAGGAGGAGGGAGCGGAGCAGCCCCCCCGCCGCAGCCCCCGAGCGAUCGCGGUAACCCCCCCAUGCGAUGCGGGCGGUGUAGCGCAGCCCCUCCGCCCCGCGCUCCCCGGACAGGCACCUGCAGGCGAGCAGCAAGCAUGAGCUUGGCAACAUGCAACCAUGAGUGCCAGGACCGUGUGAUCUGAGCCACGUCUUCGGCUGACUUCCCAGCAGCAAGGUGUUUUUGAUCCUGUGCCAUGGAGGACUGCCUUCACACCUCCUCCGAAAACCUCUCCAAGCUGGUGAGCUGGGCCCACAGCCAUGGAACCAUCUGCAGCCUCAUCCCCAACCUCAAGCACCUGCUUUCCGAGGGGGCCCAUGGCAACCUGACGGCCAUGUGGGGCUGCAGUGCUGGCCAUGCCUACCACUGGCCACUGGCUGCCACUUGCCGGGCCGGCUCCCAGGAGCGUGUCUGCUUCCAGGACAGCCGCAGCUUCAACUCGGACAGUCCUAGCAUGCUGGGUGUGCCAUCAGAGGCGCAGACCAGCCCCUUGGAGCGCUACCCAGGUCGACCGGGGAAGACCAAGCUGGAUUGCACCCGCACUCGCGACUCCUGCGACUUCUCCUACUGCAGCGAGCCGUCGGAGUUGGGUGAGCCUGUGGAGGAGUAUGAGGAUGAGGCCACUCUGUUUGACAUGGUCUGUGAGUCCUCUGUCACCGACGAGGACAGCGACUUUGAGCCGCACCCCCACCGUGCCCCCGCCGGUCCCCGCAAGCGUCCGGCUGCCGGGCUGCCCACGGCCGCCCAGGCGCAGCCUGCUGAUGAGGGUGGCAGCGAUGGGCUGCUCAAGAAGAUCAAGCAGGAGCUCCCUGAGGACUACUAUAUAGUGGCCAAUGCUGAGCUGACUGCCGGCGCCGACGGGCCAGCCCUGGCCCUGACGCAGAUGUCCAAGCCCAAGCCGCAGCCCCAGGCUGGCCCCUCCUGCCUGGUACCCACCAGGGCUGUGCCCCAGCCCGUCACUGGCCCCGACCCCGACCCGCAGCGCCUCUGCUCCUCCCCACCAGGCCUGCCCCGCCUGGCCACACAGCGGCCGCCCCGGGGACCCCUGGCCUCCCCAGCACGGGGGGCAGGCAGUGGCCCUGUGGCUGCCCUGCAAGUGCCGGCCACCAGCUCCAAUUCCACCACCACCGCCGGGAAACCCAUCAGCAUCCCCCUCUCGGCGCUGCAGCUGCCUGGUCAAGAGGAGCCACCAGCCGCUGAGGAGACUCUCCCGUCUGUGCCACAGCUCACCCCAGGUGGUGAGGUGGCCGGCUCGCCCUCAGUGAGUGCUGAGCCUGAGGUCAGCUCCAGCCAGCAGCAGUCCCAUGCUGUGCCCACCACCACUCCGGAGGCAGUGGCGCAGUUGAUGCCAGACCAGGAUGAGAGAGCAGCGGAACUCAGCAGAGAGCAGAAUGAGAAGACCAUUCGCAGCACGCAGACGGCUCUGCGCAAUUUCCGAGAGUUCCUCAUCUCCAAGUACCCCUCUGAGACCCGUGAGAUCUAUGUCAUUCCCUGCAAAGAGCUUGAUGCCUACCUUGCUUCCUUCUUUGUGGAUGCCAGGCAAAAGGAUGGGUCUGAAUAUGAGCCAAACAGUCUGGCCAACUAUCAGUGUGGACUGGAGCGGUAUCUGAAAGAGCACAGGUAUGGAUACAGUAUCACAAGGGACAAAGAGUUUAAGAGGUCCCAGGAAGCUCUAAAGCAAAAGCAGAUAGAGUUGAGGUGUAAAGGAAAAGGAAACAAGCCACACAAAUCCAUGAAGCUUACCUUUGCUGAUGAGCUUAUCCUGCGCAAAAGAGGCUUAUUGAGCCGGUACAAUCCUGAGGGGCUGCUGAACCUGGUGUGGCUAAACAACACCAAGGCGUUCGGACACUGCACGGGUUUCCACGGGUCUACCCUCAAGUGGGGAGACAUCCGGCUGCGGGUGACAGAGACUGGUUUGGAGUACCUGGAGUGGAUGGGGCCAGACAACGGAGACGUCAGUGCCAAGAGCAAGAGGGGCGGGACGGACUCCCGGGUGUAUGCCACGCAGCACUCCCCCCAGACCUGCCCCGUGCAGGACUACAAGGAGUACGCCCAGAGGCGCCCUCCGGCCAUGCGCUACGAGGAUGCGCCUUUCUACCUGUCCAUCAAACCCGUCGUCAACUUGGCUGCGCUUCACUGGUACAACUGCCAAGCCCUGGGGAAAAACAAGCUGGCCAAGAUGGUAAAGACGAUGUGUGAGAAGGGCAACAUCCCCGGCCGGAAGACCAACUUCAGCGUCUACCAGAGCUGUAGCACCCUCUCAGAAGCACAGAGCAACCAGCUGGUGCUGAUCUGCAAUAACUUGAGCCAGCAGGCUGCCCAGUCCAUGGCAAGCCACUCCAAUACCGGCAACUUCAUAGUGUCAGCGUCCUAUGACUCCUCAUCUGACACAGCCUGAAAGAGGGAUAUGACCUGAACUCUUUUUUCUUUUCCUUUUUUGUUUCAAACGUUGAAUUUGUGCUCAAUAAUACGCAUCAACUGUGAUUGUACACUAUUGCCCCCCAUAGCCCUCCCUCCAGCGUUAAUUCACUUUAUAAGAAUAUAUAAAUAUAUAAUAUAUUUUUCUUUUUGCAAAUAGGUCAACAGAAAUAGUUUAGUAUUACUAACAUAGUAUUUAUAGUGUUAAUACAAAAAUGAAAGGUACUUAUGGGUUCUAAUAUAAAUGCAGAUUUUAAAAGGAUAAAAAUGGUUCUCAGGCAACACAAGAUAGACUGAAAAUACCAUCUGAAAAUACCAUUUUUAACAUACACACGUUAGUGAGUGUAAAUCCCCAGAGAGGCUUACGUAGCAAUUCUGUUUCAAAGCGUUUUUUUUCAACUUGGUAUUUUAACAUGGCCUCCCACAGUGGAGGAGACAAACUUUACAGUGGCUGCUGCUUUUUACCUGCUGGCUUAUUCGUGAUCAGCAAGGCCAAUAAAUAAGAAAUACAUCAAUGUAAGUUCACAAAACCAUUUACAGCACUUUUUGUCUGUUUUUUAUUAUGUUUCCUGAGGCUCAUUUGUGCUAAAAAAAAUUCCUGAAAUCAGCUAAAAGCUAUUUUUAACUUUUGUUUUUGUUGAUUUUUUUGGGAUCAGAAAUGUUUCUGGUUUUUAGACUAAAAAAUAUUGUUCUCAACAAUAUGCAAAAGUAUAGUGGCAAAACCACUGUCAUACACAUAAUUUUAUCUCUCUAGGCAUAGGUUGGUAAUACUUUGUCACUGUGUGUACAUAAUUUAAAAUCUGCUGACUUAGAGCACUCUUUCAGUAUUCUGGGAAAUGUAACAGUGCGGAAAAAUCUGCAAUCUUAUCCCAAACUGUACAGAAAAAUUGCAUCAAAUAUGUCUUAAGCCAUCCUUUGAAAUCCACCAAACAAGAGAGAGUAGGACAAUACAGAAUUUAAAAAUUCUAUAGAAAAUUAAAAAGUUGGAUUGUUUUAAGUGCUAGAAUACAAAUUUAAAUUGGCUACGCAUCACCUAUUUCCAGUGCAGACAGUGUAAAAUGUGCAUGUGAAUCUGAAGGCAGAAUUUGGUCCUUUAAGCCUUGAAAUAAUGAGUGCUGCUGUUCCAAAUUCUGACUUAGUAAUAUGAUUGUUCUUCUCCAAGUAUGGGGAAAACACUAACGAAUUUACUAUUUCAGUGAACAAUUAUAAUUCUUAACCUUUAAAAUUAUGAAUGGUACUUUUCAAGUAAUUAAGCUUAGGUUAAGUUGCACAAGGAUGUGCUAGGGAUAUGAUGAGGCUUUAGACAAGUCUGCUGGGGUGAUCUGUCUGCUGAAGUCAAUGAAAGAGUCAGCCUCAGCUGACUUCCCCUGUGUGUUGGAUCAAACUGUUACUGAGGGGCUUUCUUGUUUUGAGAUUCUUAAUUGUUGUGUUUCUUUAUGUUUGUUUGUCCUUAUUUCUUCACGUUCCUGCAUAUCCUUCAUAUUCUUUAGGUCUGCAGCUGUGCAAUGACUUUAAUCAUCACUAAUUCCAAAGAAAAGGUGAAACAAAAGUAGCAAAUAGAAAUAACCCACCUGGCACCUAAAACCUGUUUUCUGUGUUGCUAGGAUGAAAUGUUUCUGUGUGUGAGGGAGGUGGCAGAAUGUCUGCACCUCAUUUAAGCCUUACUGAAGGUCUGAUCUGGGGAUGAAAUAGGUAGCAGAUGUGCCACUGGAAAGUCCUAAGUGCAGAGAUUUCUAGUAUGAUAAGUAUCUGUCCUCCCAGGAAGCUUUGUGCAGGGGACACAACCUGGCUUUUAUCUCUUUGUUCUCCACACGUAACAAGGCUGGUACAAAGUCUGGGCUUCCUAUAUGCCAGCUGUCCUAGAGCCUUGGCACGCCAUGGCAAUGUAACACCAGCUCUACAGCUCCCCAUUUACUGUUUGCUGUCUCUCAGGACUGUAGGGAAGACAGUGGACUGGUGGGCACAAGCAGUCAUAGUGCAGAGCCAUCGUUUUGUAACUUUGUUUUGGAGCUUGAGACCAAAUCAUGACACUACUGAAGUGACUGCAAGCUGUGUCCAUGACUUUCAGUGCCAUGGCAACUCUGACUUAUAUGUGAAGGAAACAGAAGCACAAAAAGACUUAAGGUGAGGGACAGCUGUCCAGUUUCCAGAUGAGGUGAGACAUCCAAUUGCUGUUUGCACUGCCUUGCCUUUCCACAGCAGUGCUUUUAAUGUGAUACAGAUAAAAAUAGUUUUGCAAGGCCAGUGCUGCUCUCUGUGGAAUUUCUGUGCAGUUUUCCACUGAAGACUCAUGCAGCUGCUCUUAGUAUGUGCUAGAGUGCAGGAAAUGCUAUGCCAAGGAGCUCUCUAGGGAUGCCAGGUGAGAGCUCAACCGUGGAGCCUACCUCUAGGAAAGUCUGGUCUCUGUUUCUCCCCCACUGGCACUCAUCUCAACACAUCCAGUGGCAGCUAUUGCAGGAUCUGACCUACUUCCCUACAUUUCCUUUCCCGUUCUGCAAUAUGGGGAUGUGCAUCAGCUGGCCUUGAUGGAACAGCAGAUCUCCACUUCCCACCUCUCCUCCCCACCCAACAGGCCCACUUCACCCCAAGGAGCAGAUCACAGGCUGUUCAUGGGCUGUGCUACAAGCAGAUCUUUGAAGUGCUGCUUCACAUGAGUGUUGAAAUUCAGCCCCAACACAGACCUCGGAAGAAAGAAGACUGGCACUGUUGAGUUUUGAACAGGAAGGUCUUUGACAUCGUAACUCCACAUGCUGCCAAAGUUGUUGAUUACCAGAGUAUUAGGAUGGUUUGUGCUGAUGUCCAGCACAUGCACUGGGUGAGGCAAACCCUUGACUUAGGAGGGUACAUCAGCAACCUUUGCUUGUCUGGUUGGGGGAUGAGCUGUGGAGUAUCUGUACUUAUUGUGAUAGUCUUGGUAUUAUCACAGGGAAGGCCAAGGCCCAACUGGAAUUAAAUCUGGCCAAGGAUUUCGAGGACAACAAGAAGGGCUUCUUCAAAUAAAUAGAAACCAAAAGGAAUACUAAGAUAAUGCAGGCCCAUUAAUAAAUAGAGGGGUUACCCUGGUAACAGAGGACACAAGUUACUGAAUGCCACCUUUGUGUCAGUCUUCACUGACAAGACCAACCCUCAGGAAUCUCUGACCCGGGACACCAGAGUAAAGAAAUGUUGGAAGUCAAGGAGGAUUGGGUCAGAGAACACCUAGGCAGACUUGAUGUCCAGAGUCCAUGGGCUCUGAUGGAAUACAUCCAGGAGUGCUGAGAGACCUGACUGUGCAGCCCUUGCUGGAGAGCUGGGCAGAGAUGAACUGCCUGAACUUCGACAAAGGCAAAUGCAGAGUCCUCACCUGGGGAAGAAUAACCCCACGCAUCAGCACAGGCUGAGGGCCAGCCUGCUGGAAAGCAGGUGGAGAAGGACCUGGGAGUCCUGGUGGACAUCAAGGUGUCCAUGAGCCAGCGGUGUGUUCUUGUGGCCAAGCAGGCCAGUGGUAUCUUGGGGAGCAACAGGAAGAGCAUUGCCAGCAGGUCAAGGGAGAUGAUCCAGCUCCCCUGCUCAGCCAUCCCUGGUGAGGCCAAACCUGGAGUGAUGUGUCCAGUUCUGGGCUCCUCAGUACUCCUGGAGCAGGUCCAAUGGAGGGCAACAAAGAUGAUUAAGGGACUGGAGUAUCUCUCUGACCAUACACUGGGACAGAUUGCCCAGAGAGGCUAUGAGCUCUCCCUCACUGGACAUGCCCAAGAACCAUCUGUGCACAAGUCUGUGCUAUGUGCUCUAGGAUGGCCCUGCUUGAGCAGCGAGGUUGGACCAGGUGACCCACUGUGGUCCCUUCCAACCUGACCCAUUCUGUGAUUCUGUGAUUACAGGAGCAUUUUUUUCUGCUUUGUGGUAUCUCUAGUGAUUCCAACGUCCAGUUAGUGCUGAUGGCAGAUUGUCUGGCGGAUUCUGAUGGGGCAGCCCACACAGACUACUUGUUGAAGAAGUUAAACAUAUAUGGCCAGAAUAUGAUAUCCAAGUAGUAUUAUGGUCAAAAAAUAAAUUUAUUAGCUUUGAAGGGCAUGUAAUGCAACAUAUAUUCAGUCUUCAUUUGUGGACAGUUACAAAGAAUUAAGUGACCACAGCUUAUUUAAUUACUAUUUGUAUUAAAGCCCUGAAAGGUUGUUAACUCACUGGGAGGGAGACUUCAGAUUUAAACCACUCUCAUGGUUUAUUCUCAUACUUGUAGAAGAAUAGAUGUCCUAGGUGCUGCAGCUUAGCUGACAGGGGGACAAAGUUGCUUGUAGUUAUCUCCCAGUGCUUCAACUGAGGGUGUCACACCUGUUCCAUCAAAAAAUUGCAAGCUCAUGACAAUGGUGUGCAGCUUCCAUGGUGCUAAGACAGAGCAAUGUGUCCAGGGGCUGUUGCUGCCAACUCUUACCAGCAUUCCCCUCUGCCUAAAUGAAGGACUGGAGUCUCCUAUCAUGGCUCUUGAUGCUGAGUACCUUUGACCAUGAAAUCAAGGGCAGCUGGCAAAGCACUGUCCUGCCCCUGUCCAGCACAGGCUGUAGAUGGUGGUUGGGUGCAGGGGCGGCAGUGAGGCACUGCUGGUGGCUGGCUGGCUGCACUUCUGGCUUCAUCAUACUCUGAAGUAAAAGCUGAGCUUUUGCCCAGCUGUAAGACUGUGAUUUUCUGGAGCCAGGGGUAGCUGUCUCCAAAACGGGGCUUGCUUUUCUCCUUUCUUUUUCCCUUCCUUUUUUUUCCUGCCGCUCACCUUUCUCUGAUCUGGUGUUAGACCUCUUCAGUGAAUGAUUUCAAUUCAAUAGCUCAGCAGAAAACACAGCAAAAAAAAGGGGGAAGUCAUAUAAUUUUCUGCCAGCAUACUGAGUUGGAUCUAGUCAAAAACAGGUGCAGAGGCAGUUGGGGAGACAGAGGAUGGUGUUCACCUACCAGCAUCAUAGAGUCAUCGGCCUGGCUCAGCUACUGCAUCCUAUUGGAAACCCAUCAAAAGGAUAAUGCAGAUUGAGAUUCUUCCAAAUUAUUUACAGAUGUAUUUGAUGCCUUCAGAACUAUCUACAAGCUUUUGGGAGAUUUGCUCAGUGCUACCAAGAGCAAAAUUUGGCCUUGAACUUAAGAAACUUGAGGCGAAGUGCCAAAGCACAGACCUGCACACAGUGCAAAGGAGUCUGCAGCAAUGUUAGUGCUGGUUUUCCCACGUGGCCUUCUCAGGAUGCCAAAACAAGAGUCAAACAUGGGGAUCAUAUAUCGAUGUCACCGGAUUGAUCUGGAUGCAGCUGUGCACAAUACAUGCAUUUGGAUCUGUUCAUGUGAUUGCACAUGUAGGUGGGAAGAGCUGUGGGCACUUUGAGUGGCUUAAGCUCUGUCUUAUUAGUCACUCAUACAUGUAUUUAUCAUAUUGUGGGUUUGCACAUGUCUUCAUGCAGCUAGUUGGAACUGAAAUCUUUGAUAUCUGGGUGUUGCAAACUGCCUGUUUUAUUUUUAAAAAUGUAUUUAUGCAACAAAAUGUAAUUUUAAGUGCAGGAGAAUGAAAUACUGUCAUGAACUACAAUGUAAACUAAAUUCCAAGGCAUAUGUAAAAUAACAGCACAUACGUUGUUCAUUUGCACAGUGCAAUAAUUCCGUGAUAGCGGCAUCAGGGCUACUGGCAUAGAGGACAAUCUGACAAUGAAAUCAGUGUCCGUGUUGCAUAUUCUCCUUCAUAAAAAUUAACACUUCCAAGCUAUUUUGUUUUUUGAAGCCACUGUGCACUGUUAUUCAGCCUACAGCAUUGCUGCCCUCUUAGAAAGCUGUGUAGAGAAUAAGAUGCAAGGAGUGUUGUGUGUCUGUGUCUCAGAUGUUUGUGACUGGAUCUUGUUCUGUUGUUUGUGCAAGCGAUGUGGGGUGGUAAGAUGGGGAUCAGAAAGAGCAGGUGUUGUGUCACUCUAGAGCCAAGGCUGCCCUGAGGACUGAAACAGCCUUAAGGGAAACUGAGAUUCUGGUUGCACUAGGCUUCCUCCUGGUGCAGCUCAUAUUUACUCUUUCUCGUCACGAUGUCUGAGUACAUCCCAUGAGUGCACUGACUGACCUGACUAGCACAUGUGGUGCAUGGGCUGAUCAUUCCUUCUCACAAUCUGCAAGUGACUACAAUUGACUGACUGGUGUUCCCCAUCCUCAACAUCCCUGCUAAUCCCACCAUCCCUGAUCCCUUUCCUGGUGUCUGCACCGUGGGGCAGCUUUGUGCAAGGCAGCUCUCAGCUGAGAGCUCCCUCCCUGCCUAUCAAGUGACCUUGUGCUUUGGGGAUAACGUGCUCAGGGUAGCCCACCUUAUGUGGGGUUUGUGGAAUACUGCAUAUGGGCACUCUGGAGGCUUGCAUGUCUUGCACUCUCCUUCCCUAUUCUGCUUUUUGUGAGAGAGCUUUCAAGUCAUGACAUGAGAUUAAAUUUACUCCUGUGUAGAGGACCUGGUCCACAUCGGUGUGCUGUUUGGCUGUCCACUGACAUCAUUAAAAUAGGACUGAGACAACUGAAUCCUUGACAGUAUGCAACUUCUGGUCUUACUCUGUCAGGGAGAGAAAUUCAUCUCACACGGUGCAGACAACAGGGCAUUGGGACCUGUCCAACACCCUGAACUUUCAGAGGCAGUGGGAAUGUGUGUUAAAGAAGAGAACCUACAGGACACAGGAAUAUCAUUUGAUUUUCCUGAAAUGAGCCAAUUCAUGCCUCUGGGUUAGGGAAGAAAAGGACUCAGCUGUUCACUAUGAAACGUGGCAGGAGGUGGGUCUGCACUUGUUAACGAGUGUUCUAUGCUAAAUGUCAGCAUGAAGAGAUGGCUUCUUUGCUGUCCUUGUUCUUAAGGGGCAGGAUGUAUUUUCUUUUCUUUCUAUCCUUUCCUGUGUGUGCUGAACCUGCACUCAGUGCUGAGGAGCUGUGGGGAGAGGAUGUCAUCCGACAUAAAGCAUGGCUAUAUUCCUCGCCACGAAAGUUGAACUGUACUUUCUGGUGAUGAUUGCCAUGUGUUGAGUCAUGCCUUCGUGGCUGGGGACAGUACUGCAUCAUCAGCUGGUGUCUCCCAGCACAUCUGUUUUCUCUGUGCAGAGCCAGUAUGAACGUCACUGCACCAUUCUCCAAACGUAGAGCUCGGGGGCAGCUUGCCAAGGACACUCCUAUCAGCUGGGCAUCUGCAAACCAAGAAGGGGGAAGGCUCUAAGCACAACUAAAUGAUGAUGUCUUCCCAUGGACAGCGUAUUACAAACAAGUGAAGAUGCACUGUGUGUCCUCAGUGGUUUUGGAAGUCUACGGACCACCCAGGAAUCGGUGCUCCACCUCCUUCACAGAAGCCUAACUUCAGCCAGCAAGGGAGUGGACCUUCUGAGGACACGUUGGGGUUCCCUGAGCCCCCAAUGAGUUGCAUGGUUGCACUGCUUCCAGCUUCAUGCAUGGAAAACAGGUUGUGCCAGUUCCUUCCCACUGCUCUCUGGCUGACAUCCCAUGAAGCUCUGCUGACCUUGUUCUGCAGCACCUUGACUCUUCAUGAAAGCAGCAGAGAGGCAUUUACAAAUUCUAUAAAGCCCCAUAACCUAGAGACACCUCUGAGCUUACUGAAAAGUUUGACACUAUCCACUCACUGGAACAUAUUUGAAGCAGUGGUGACGUCUAAAGCUUUAAUACCUACUCUGAUGGGGGGAGAAGAUCGGUUUGGUAUAAAAUUUUCUCAUUACAUGAACUGAUGGAUCUCUGUCUCAAGCAAUUAAUAUAUUCCCUCUGUUUUCUCACUGAAUUGGUUAAUUUUAGUUGGUAAUGCAGACAAAAUUAUUUUUAUUUUAUUAUAGAAAUGCCACUAAAUUAGUUGUCUCUGUGUUUGAGAUGGACUUACUGUUUCAAAGGGAUUAGGGUGCUUUUGGCUAAUCUUUUAUUUUUUGUGGUCAGCAUUCCCUACACAGCAGUUACUAGGAUCUGAAGAAAAACAGUACCUUUUCAGAUUUCAAUUUGAUCUUUUGUAAUUAAUAGAGAUUUCUUUCACAGCAUUUAAGAUACUGGUGAGGUAGGUGCUAUCUUUGAAAUUCAGUGGGAAAAAGUUUCAGUGGGAAUAAGAAGAGGUAUUUAGCUCUUCUAAACAAUGCUUUGGGAAUCCAUGUACAAGUUUCUUUUUCAUUAGUACUGUUUUAUACAGUCCAUAAGUGUCAAGAAAAUAACAAAACAGACUGAAGGUAAAAACGUCAAGAAAAUGCAAAAUGUUCAGGACAAAAAUAUUGUAUUAUUCCCACACUAGAAAACUAACUUUUUAAAAUUAAUUUUACAGAUACUAUCUUUGCCAUUUCAGCUGCCUUUUUUUUUUAUGAACAAAGACAAAUUUCUGACAUUCCUCAUGCCUAGAAUUUGACCUGCUCUCUGAAGGCUGUAAUCUUCUUGAGACAGCCUUCCUUACCAUUAGAGCAUGUCCUCAGCUAGCCUGCAUCAUAUAUAGCCCUAAGUAGUCCCUGGUCUGCCCCACAUUGCUCCUGCUAGGAUUCCUCAUUCUCUUCUACUAUCACACAUUUAAUACACUUACUAUAUGUAAAUUUCCAGCCUGAAAACAAGCCAGUGCAGGAGACACUGGCUCAGUAUCAGGUGGAUAUAGAAGGCAAGGUAAUAGUAAACGGUUUUGAACUGAUUUUGGUAGAGUGACAAAUAUCCUAGUGACUCUGAGACUGAAGGUACACUGAACAAUGACUGCAGUGUAAAUUGCCUUGUUUUCUGCCUGAUGCUUAUGGUUCAGGUCUUGCAAGCUUUGCCUUCUUCAGGAGCUUUCUCUGUGAGAGACUUGAAAGAUGGGGUUCCUUGCACAGGGCUGUGUGCAUGGACAGGAAAUGCAGGUGCAGAAGUAUCCAGAGCAUUCAGAAUGUGCAGACAAAAAUAUCUUAAAGGAGUCUGAAGUCUGUCAGGGGACGAAGUGGUUAGAACCUGAUUUUGCACCUAUUUAUGGCAGCACCUGCAAGCUGGGUGGUGCUGCUGCUGGAGAGAAUUUGGUGCCAGUUUUGCGGAGCUCUGUGGGAAAUGCAUCCUGUGUCCUCUGCUCCCACCCAGCUCAGGCUGUUGCUGAAUGUCCCCCCAAGCACAGGACUAGCCCCACUGAAACACGAGGGUCUGAGGAAGGCAGGAAAGGACAUCCCUUGGCCACUGCUGUGUUGUCAGUGCUUGCUUUUGUCCAUGUGACCCAUCUAUCUCAGGGUCAUCUUGAGACCUGUCAGGGUAGACCAAAUAUUCCAGACUGGAAGAAAAAGAAGUGGCAGAAUAUCCAAGUGCAACAAAGGUAGUGCAAAGGCAGUGGGAAAGCCUGGUAAACACAAUGGAAGUUCUUGUCUUUUUUAUUAAAGAAGGCAGGCAUAAUCCUUAUCCUUUAAUAUCCUACUUUUUUUUACACUGGAAUUAGAAAAUAAUUUCCAUUUUUUUAAAUUAUCUUCAGGCUUUAACUCUGCCUUUGAAAAGCGUUUUUGCUAUGACAGCCCUUGGUCUCAUGGUGAGCAGUGCUAGGAGAAAUAGCUAAAGCAAGGCUUUUUUCUUUCCAUGCAUGCAAUGUUUAAUCUUUCUAAUCUUUUAACAUGAAUGUAUUUCCUGUCAUUUUGUAAAUUGACAAGAUUAGCACUAUUUCUUUCAAGAUAGCAGUUGAAAAAUAUAUUUUGCUUAAACAUAACCAAAUUUCCACCUAACAAUGUGAAUUUUCCAUAGUGACCAAUCCAUUCUUAGAGUUAAACCUCUAAGGCUAAUGCUCACUCACUGACUUUGCAACUUGUUUUUUUUAUUAAUAGUUUGUAAGAAAGUAGAUUUUUGUUAAAUCUUCUGUUUUAUUAAAAAAAUUUCACUGUCUUGCCUAAUAAUAAUAAUAAUAAUAACAAUAAUAAUAAUAACAAUUCUAUGCAUUGUGUGAUUCAGUGAUGUUGCUGUUGAAAUUCUGCAUGUUUUCUUGAUGUUCUGACAUUUGUGUAUUUAUGUGGUACUUGUAAAAGUCCUAACCAUUGCUGCUAUAAUCACCACCAUUUUAAGUAAGUGAAAACUGUGCUAUGAAACUGUGCCAGUUUGCAGAAUUUUUGUGUGUCAUGCUAAAACUCCGCAUUCUGCUGAUCAUUUCUUGUUUUAUGCCAGUAUUUAGUGCCUUCUGUAGAAGGAAUCAAUAUGUUGUGGUAGAUGGGAGAUGCCAAGCUUCUAAUAUCUUGUUCUGCACAGAUGAUCACUUACCAGCUUGAAGUUUAAAAAAAAAAAAAAAAAAAAAAAAAAAAAAAGGAAAAAGAAGAAGAAAUAAUAUUUAAUUCUCCAUCUUUCUUUCAAGUAUAUUCUCAAUGAUUUUUACUUGGAGAAAAAAAAAAAAACACCACCUUUAAUAGAGCUGAAAAGAAGCCAUCUUCUUCUGCUGCACCUCCUGCAGCAGCAGUCUGUGAGCUGGAGGGAAUGCAUAGCACCCAAAUGUUGGUGAUGGAUCCAGAGAAUAGCCAAGCCUGUUCAAGUCAUUGCAGAGCAUGCUAAAGCACCAUUUAAUGACAGCAGUCCUCUGUUGGUACUUGCAGGAGUUGUGAGCUGACAAGAGUUAGCUUGGUCAAGUGGUGGAUUCCACUCUGUUCUGCCUCAGCUGAAGCCACACAUUGCUGCCAAAUGAGACUUGGAUGAAAUUCAAGACCAAUAUUUUUGGUCUUUCUCUUUCUAAUAACAUGGUAGAAAAGCCCUGUUUAUCAAAAUUCUGACAUUGCAUUUUCAGUUCUCCUUCUGCCCUCUGCUUAGAAUCUGGCUGUAUAGCAAAUAUACACACUCAUAUGCAUUCGAUUUGAUAAGAUUUUGACAGACUGAAAUUGUAUCCUACUGAAAAUACAACAGAAACAAUCAGGAGGGAAAUGUCAGAUAUUCAGUUCUCUAGUGCAUUUCCCAGCCUGGUUUCCCAGCGUGAUUCACUGUACCUAGGCUGGUUUUUAAAACAGUGUUUUGUAUGGAAAAAAGGAAAGAAUGACCAUCAAUUUGCUGUCUCUACUGAGAGAUGAAAGCCCAUUACAUGUCUUUAAAAAACUUUUCAAAUAAAAAAUAACGGGUUAUCAGAAAAACUGCGUGAUUGGGAAAACAAGAGUACAUUGAAUUCAUCCGCAGCAGUAUUGGUCUAAAGUCAUCUCUGUCUUCAAGCAGGAAAAAUUACAGCCCUGCUGAUGUCAAAUAUUUAAAAAAAACCCAAACAAACACAGAGACAAAAACACCCAAAAUAAAAACACACACACAAAAACAAACAAACCAAAACAAAAACCACCCCAACAACAGCAACAAAACCUGAAUAAACGUAUGCCAAAAUUCUCAGUGUAGUUUUUUCAUUUUUGUGAUACCCAGGACAUUUGCAAAAAACAAUGUUGAAGCAUACAGAACACAUUGAAAAUCAUCCUGUGUAGUAGGUUGCAAGCCAGUCCUCCACAAACUGAUGAAUUUGAAAACCCCAGCUGCAGAUUAAAACCUUCCACAAGGGAUUAGAAGCCUUUUCCAGCACCUCAGUUCCUGUCCAUUGAGGGCAAUUGGGCUCUUUUCAGAAAUAUUAGGUCCUUUUAUUGUCCUUUGAAAACUCGAAGCUUCUUCAAGCUCAUUUUACUAGACCAGAAUCCAGGUGAAACCAGUUACAAUGUGGUUCUCCACUGUUUUGGUUGACCAAUAGCUAUUUACACAUGAACACAUGCUACUAGUAUGAGUGAAGAGUUUUGACUCCACAGAACUCCUGCCUAUGUGGCCCUAAUAUUAAAUAUUCAAGGCACGUUCUUAUAUCCUGCAAUUCUUCUAUUUAUAGCUAGAUCUGAGUCUUCAUGGUCCCACCAAUUGCACUAAUUGUCUUACCAAUUGAUCUUCCUAACUUCUAUGAAAAGAGUCUAUUUAAAAAGUCAGAUUUCAGCACCAUAGCAGCUGUUUUUUUGCCAUCUUCUAUUCCAUCUGAAGCUAGGUCUAUCUGCAUUAUCUUCAGCUUAGAUCUGAGUGAGAAAAGCCGUCAGUAUCCUUUAUUCCUGCUUUGCACACUGGAAAUGCAGUUAUUGUGCUACAGGCGCAGGUCUGGCAUUAGGGUUUAGCCUCCAUCCAGUGGCAUGUCAGAGUCUGUAAUUGCAUGUCUUUGCUUUUCACCACAGUUCAUCAGUUUCGAGACACAAACUGGGUGAUACCAGUGAUUUUUUGCAUUAGAUACCACCUUCCAAUCACAGUGAUUCCUUCCAUGUACAUAAUGUCCAUAUUGUCAGUCUUGUAAUUACUCUUAUGUGCAUUUUUUGUCUAAAGUGCUUUAUAUUGCAGGAUCAGCUUUUUGCUUUUUUUUGUAAAAUAGCUUAGCCUGUGCUGCUGAAAGGAUCCAGGAAAGAGUUAUCCAUUCAAACCCCAAUGGAAUUUGGGGACUUAGCUUUUUUUAGAGCCCUUUGCAAGCUCCCGUUGUAAUCAGCUAUAUAAAGCAGAGAUUUUAGUGUGAGGAGUGCUACUUAUCUUCCACUCCAAAUGCAGUUUUCUGUACACAGGGCACCUUCUUACACAGAUCUCUUGCUCCUGCCUUUGGGAGAUUAUAUAUACAGCAGAUUAUAUAUACUUCUCUAUUAGGGAGAAGUAAUAUUUUUAUGCAUUUUAAUGCAUUAAGCUCUGCAAAGGUAGAAUAUCUUGGGGGAAGAGAGACAUUACUGGAUCAUAUUCUGAAAACAUGAGUAAUAUUGUUAACUAGUCCAUUUUCAGUUACCUGUUCAACCCCGUUGUCCUCAAAUUACUUGUUUAUGUACUUGCACAGCAACAGGAGAAAAACAAGCAGAAAGGAUUUUCUGCUGUAAAUGAAGAAAGAUUCCAUAACCUACUUAGAGCCUCAGAUGCCCAGUAGGUUUCCAGAGCUGGUAAUAUUUCUACUCAUCAGCUGGAUAAAUUUUGAUGCAUAUAAAUAUCAUACUGCCAUAUCUGCACUGUAUUUUUAUGAAGCAAACUUCAUACAGGGUAAGGUCCUUCACAGGUGAAAACCAAUAUGGUCAACAAAAUUGUCUGUCACUUGUGUUAGUUGAGAACUGGUUUUUUUGUUGUAAUGUAUUUUUCUUCUUCAAGACACUCCACUGUUCUUUAAUGGGGAUAGAAUAAAUGAACAUGUGUUGUACUGUUGUCUGCCACGUUGUCUCCUUGAAAAUGUUCUUUUAGUGUUUGAGUACAGAAGUGCCCUCAAUUAAAAUAAAGAGGUCCUUUCUCUUUUUUUUUAAUGGUGUUUAUGAGUUUCCUCCCUUGCUUAGUUGUCAGAUAAUUAGGCUUUCGAAAAGAAUGUUUGUGCUAAUUGAGUAUGACAUUCACUGUUACUGAUCUGUAAAUUCCAGAGAUAUUCUGACCUUCAUUGCACUUCACCUCCAUUUUUUUUCCCUUAUGAUAAUCUUUAACAAGUCUGGUUCUGCUGCAUUAGAGAUUGGUUUCAGUGUCUGUACAAUGUUUGCUACUAUUGUAGUGUGACUUCUUAUUUUCCAUUUUUAAGAUUUGUAUUGGUACAGCCUUAACUUACAGAAUUAAAGACCAUUUAAAAAUUAAUCAGAAUAGUCAUUGAUGUCUGUGAUAACUGCAUGCUUUAUUCACAGUAUUUUGUCUGUAAUUAUGUGUAGCAACCAAGUCUCAUGUAUUUAAUAAAUUGUUUUCUGCAAA